AUGCAAUUUGCGACGGCUUCAGGCAUUUCAGGCAGAGAACCAGGCUCGAAUUUCGUCACGGGUAGAUUGAGCAUAUUUGAACACUUCCCUUUCAAACCACUACAAAAUUCGGUACCAUACUUAGCAGCACACGUUGCCAUUGCGUUUCCUGAAACGCAACAUUCAAAAUUAUCCGCUGUCAUUAUGAAAUCUAUAGUACGGCGAUGUCAAUCAAUAUGGACUACAAUGACAGUACCUGAAGACAUGCACCUUCCUACAACUGGAGGUAUAUUUCGAGUGCCAUUGCUGUCAGUUGGUAUUCCUAACAUCAACCGACAAACAGCCUCCAACGUUGUGCAGUACUCUUCGCCGUUCUUAGAUCUGCAUUCAUGUAAGGCGAUUUCUGAAAAUAAGUCGUCAUCUGAACUAGCGGCCACAUCGUUUUUCGGCGUGUGCAUCGGAAAUUUGCGAGUUUUAUUCUACAGGCUGAAUAAUUCGCAUGCACUCGUUAGGUGA